AUGGACAUUCUACACCAGAUGUUCGCCAAGGCCACCAGAGAUGGCGUCUUGCGCCCAAUUCAGCUCCAGGAGAUUAAAUUCCAGUGCAGCCUUUAUGCAGACGACGUCAUCCUGUUCAUCAGGCCUUCGGUUCAGGAGGCAUCGGCGGUCAAGGAGAUUCUCAGAGUGUUCGGUGAGGCUUCAGGCUUAAAGACAAACCUGUCCAAGUGCUCCAUCACUCCUAUCUUCGGCGGCGAGGAAGCACUAGAGGAAAUCGUGGCUAUUCUGGGCUGCCAAGUCCAGGAAUUCCCAAUCAGAUACUUGGGACUCCCGUUGAGCACCAAGAAGAUCGCCAAAGCGCACGUGCACUCAGUCGUCAAAGCCGUCGCGCGUAAGCUACCACCCUCCACGGUUCGCGCUAAUGGCAAGGAGCGGCAGAUUGGUGUGGAUCAAAUCAGUGCUCCGGGUUGUGCCGAUCUACUCUAUGAUGGCAGACAGUCUACCGCCGUGGGCGAUAAAGGAGAUCGACACAAUUUGCAGGAAGUUUUGCGGGUCGGCAAGGACGCCUCGGUGCGCGGUAAAUGCAUGGCGGCAUGGAAGACAGCCUGCAGACCGACCGAAAUGAGAGGGCUCGGGAUCACAGACCUCAAGCUCGCGGGGUACGCGCUCCAAACUAGGUGGUUGUGGCUUCAGAAAACCGACAGCGCGCGCGCCUGGAGUGAGCUGCCAAUCAACGUGGACAAGGAGGUCCAGGCGUUCUUCCGAACGUCUGCGUACACGGAGCAUGGGGACGGCGCCAACUCGCUGUUCUGGGACGAUCGUUGGCUCCAUCAAACAGCGCCGUCAGACAUUGCUCCCAACCUAGUGCAGCUGGUCUCUAGGAGGAUUAGAUCAAGGAUGACGGUGCGCCAGGGGCUCGCCAACAGGCAGUGGACGCAGGGCAUCUCGGCCAGCAUGUCCACGGCAGCCAUCGCAGAAUUCCUAGACCUUUGGGAAGCCACGGCAGAACUUGCGGGCGGGUCACGGGUGGCGGCGAUGGAGCUUGUGACGCUGCUGGCGCUGACGCUGCUGGCGUGCUCGGCGGCGAUGCUGGCGCGGCUGCUGGUGGCGCGCGAGCAGCGGCGGCGUUGUUACCUGCUGGACUACGUGUGCUACAAGGCGACGGACGACCGGAAGCUGCCGACGGACCUGUGCGCCGAGAUCAUCCAGCGGAACCAGCUGCUGGGGCUGGAGGAGUACAAGUUCCUGCUGAAGGUGAUCGCCAACUCCGGCAUCGGCGAGGAGACGUACGGCCCGCGCAACAUGAUCGAGGGCGGGGAGGCCCGGCCCGACCGCCUCCGCGAGGGCAUGGAGGAGAUGGAUGAGACCUUCCACGCCGUCCUCGACGAGCUCUUCGCCCGGUCGGCGGCGCCCGGCGGCGUCGGCAUCCGCCCCGCCGACGUCGACGUCCUGAUGGUCAACGUGUCCAUGUUCUCGCCGGCGCCGUCGCUGUCCGCGCGCGUCGUGCGCCGCUACGGCCUCCGCGAGGACGUCAAGGUGUACAACCUCACGGGCAUGGGGUGCAGCGCCACGCUCAUCGCGCUCGACCUCGUCAACAGAUUCUUCAGUACGCACGCGGGUCAGGUGGCUCUGGUGAUGACGUCGGAGUCGAUCGCGCCCAACUGGUACGCUGGCAACAAGAAAUCCUUCAUGCUGGGCAACUGCCUCUUCCGCUCCGGCGGCUGCGCCUACUUCCUCAGCAACGACCCGCGCCUCCGCGCGCACGCCAAGCUCCGGCUCCGCCACGUGGUGCGCACCCACACGGGCGCCUCCGACGAGGCCUACAACUGCGCGCUCCAGAUGGAGGACGACGCCGGCCGCCCCGGGUUCCACCUGGGCAAGGAGCUGCCGCGCGCCGCCGUGCACGCCUUCAUCCACAACCUCCGCGUGCUGGCGCCCAAGGUGCUGCCGCUCCCGGAGCUGCUCCGCCUCACCUGCGCCACCUUCUCCGCGCGCCUCGCGCGCAAGCGGGGGUCCAAGUCGUCCAACCACCUCACCAUCCGCAUGAAGGCCGGCGUCGACCACUUCUGCGUCCACACGGGCGGCGCCGCCGUCAUCGACGGCGUGGGCAAGGGGCUCACGCUCACGGAGCACGACCUGGAGCCCUCCCGCAUGACGCUGCACCGCUUCGGCAACACCUCCGCCAGCAGCGUCUGGUACGUGCUCAGCUACAUGGAGGCCCAGGGCCGGCUGCGCAAGGGCGACCGCGUGCUCAUGGUCACCUUCGGCGCCGGAUUCAAGUGCAACAGCUGCGUCUGGGUCGUCGAGAACCCCGCCACCGACGCCGGCGUCUGGAAGGACUGCAUCCACCUGUACCCGCUCAAGGACGUCUCCAACCCCUUCAUGGAGAAGUACGGCUUCCUCAAGGACCUCACGAUCGAUGGACCUAUGAUGUGA